CGCGCGCGCGGCGGGCCGGGCGGCGGGCAUGGGAGCUGCCGCCUGGCGCUGGGCGCUGCGCACCGCCCGCCUCCGCGGCGGCGGCGGGAGGACUCUACUGAGGCCGCGGUGCCCGCCGCGCCGCGGCCCCGUUGCUUGCUCCUCUCCGUUUGUCGAAUCAGCGUCCUUAGGCUCCAGGGAUGAGGCUGUAAGGGACAAACGCGCCCAGAUCCUGUCACGUGGGCUGCCGAAACAGAAGCCCAUAAAAGGAGUUAAGCAGGUGGUGGUCUUGGCUUCUGGAAAAGGGGGAGUUGGAAAAUCAACAACAGCGGUAAAUAUAGCCCUUGCCCUGGCAGCAAAUGAUUCGACAAAAGAAGUUGGUUUGCUUGAUGUGGACAUAUAUGGACCUUCAAUUCCAAAGAUGAUGAACUUAAAAGGAAACCCAGAAUUAACACCAAAAAACCUAAUGAGGCCCCUUAAGAACUAUGGAAUUGCAUGCAUGUCUAUGGGUUUCUUGGUAGAAGAGACUGCCCCGAUUGUAUGGAGAGGGCUCAUGGUAAUGUCAGCUGUUGAGAAAUUAUUGAGACAGGUUGAUUGGGGUCAACUGGACUAUUUAGUAAUAGACAUGCCACCUGGGACUGGAGAUGUACAGCUGUCUGUGUCACAGAAUAUUCCAAUUGCAGGAGCUGUGAUCGUGUCUACUCCACAAGACGUGGCUUUAUUGGAUGCACGCAAAGGAGCGGAAAUGUUUAGAAAAGUCCACAUACCUGUUUUAGGACUGGUUCAAAAUAUGAGUGUUUUCCAGUGUCCCAAAUGUAAUCAUGAGACACACAUUUUUGGAGCUGAUGGUGUAAGAGAUCUAGCAAAAACCCUUGGAUUGGAUGUUUUAGGAGACAUCCCACUGCAUGUUAAUAUAAGAGAAACGUCUGAUUCAGGCCAGCCUAUUGUCAUCUCACAGCCUCAAAGUGAUGCCGCUAAAGCCUAUCUAAAGAUAGCUAUGGAGAUAGUAAGACGACUGCCAAUACCUCCUCCUUGAAGUGUUUAAUACUGAAACUUGGGAAAAAAACCUAUCUUUCGGUGCGACCAAUGCAGAAGAGUCCUGCUACUUAAUUAAGUGGAUGCUGUGUUUUAGUUCUAAGAACUUCUUCAGGACUUAAUUUACCAGAGGUUAAAUUAUGAUUGUGAUAUUUACUUCUUUUCAAAUAAUUUUUUGGCCAUAUCCAAAUGGAUUGAAAUAUGCAAAGGAUGAUAGACAAUGUCUAGCUGCUGGGUUGUAACAUCAUCAAGCAAGAAGGAGGAAGUACAUUUUUUUAAAUGUCUCCUGUUUUAAGGGUGAGAAUGAAAAACAGCUGCUCCAACCAAGCAUAAUGAUGAAAGAGAUGCCAAGUCCUAAGUCCUGCUUAAAAAAUGACACUUGCUAUACUCUAAUUUCUUUCAGUUUUGGUUCACCAUUUUACUUGGCUAACUACGAAGGUGACCUAAAGUUCUGCAAAAUUUUAAGCAGCAGAUUCAGUUAUGUAACUGAAAUCCUUUUGUGUGUUCAUCUUGAAAGAAAAUAAAAAAUAUUUCAUGUAUAAUCUGAAGAGUUCUUGUGAUGGAUCAUGAGCAAAUUGAUUCAUUAUUGGAUCAUGAGGUAAUUAACAGUUUAGUGGAGAGUGGAUUACAUGACCCUGAGUCUUAUUUCUUGACUGCUUUGCAUUAUAACAGACAGAACCAGACAGAAGACCAGGUAACCAAAGUCUUCAGCUGAAAGCAAAGUGUUAUGCCUGAGCUCAGUUUGCCAAGAGAUGCAAAUGAUUGAGAUAAAUUUAUGAUUGCAUAUUCCUAUUACAGUGCAGCAACUUUGAAUUUUAACAUAAAGAUGUAUUUUUGAAGUAAAGAAA